UGCGUGUUUCAAAUCGUAAACUAUUUUAAUCUCGAGAUUGAUUGAUAAAACAAACACGGUGAAAUUGUAAAAGUACUCACAAGUGUUUGUUUACUUUGAUGAAAACGCUAAUCUGGAAAGUAAGUGCGUUUAAAGCGAUAUGAAAGUCAAUUAGAUAAAUCAAUCCGUGCGUGUUCGAUAAAAGACCCGUGUUUGUUUGUGGUGCGUUUAACUAUUAACAAAGGAUAUACGAUUCUAGACCCUACUCAGUGCAUAGUCAAAUCAACGCAUAUUUUGGAAAGUUCAAGACGUCAAGGAUACGUUUGGAGGUAAGGAUAGUCUGAGGAUUACCGGAUUAGAAAAGACGGAAAUAAAGCAAGAAACAAACUGGCGAUUGAAACAGAGAAUGCGAUUUGAAUAUGACAGAUGUGGUAAUUAUUUUAAUACUCAAUUAAUUUUCAUUGAGUUUGGACUUUGUUUUAUUUAAUACCAAAUAACCUGUUUUAAGGCACCCACGCAGUAUCCAGGAGGCUAUAUUUGUUUACCAGCCAAUAAACAGACGAAGUGCACGUAGUUUUUAUAAUAACAUAGAAAUAAUCACAUAAAUAAACCGAUAAGUACGUAAUAAUAACUCUCGACAAUCCAGUGAUAUGAAUAAUAGAAAAGGAAAAAGUAUGUUUAACAUGGACUAUAUAACGCUGUGGAAAUAACGAUGUCAUUUCUAUUGAUACGAAAGGGACGUUUAACAAAUUGUUGUUAUUAAUACGAUGAUAAACCGCCACGUGAAAUAAGAGUGUUAGAUGUCAACUCGAUAAGUCAAACAAAGGACCUUAAACCUAGUGCGGGAUGAGGACGAGAUUAGGGCUUGACAAGUUGCCCCUAUUAUCAUCAAUGUCGUUUAUUAACUUCGAACUAACUUGCCCAGUCGGUAAGUUCGAUUUUAAGGUAUCACUUUGAGGCACCAGGUCGUGAUUUCACAUCGAAAUGUCACAUACCAGCUCCAUAUGAAUUCUGCUUGAACGUUGAACUUCGCCGAACGUAGCGUCAACGGUAUCAACUUAUCACAAUCGACUUGAACGUACAUGGUACUAUUAGCACUAGGUAACUUAUUUGACUUAAACGAAUCAUCUUUUGGGUGGCGGGUUUGAUACGUGCAGGGCUAUGGAGGAGAGGGAACGAGGCAUACUGGAGCGGAACUCCGGCUUGCUCGUCGGCAAUAUUGUCAUGGGCGAGGAGUUCUUCCGGUUUCUCCGUGCCGAGCACGUGCUCCCAGAUACCAUGGUUAAUGACAUCAAGUCAAAUAAAUGCCAAGUCACCAGAAACCGGAAGUUGCUCGAGGUGCUACGCCUCCGUGGUGGAGACUCAUACCGGAAGUUCCGCCAUGUUUUGUAUCUUUCGGGUCACCAGUUGCUUGCCGAUCAUCUCUAUGGAGAAGAUUUUGAGACGAAGCUGUGGAGAGGCGACGAGCUAUUCUCGAAGUUUCCCAAAGUCUUCCACCAUGUCAGUGAUGACUGCAAGUCGAAAAUACUGAAAUUCCUCGAAACCAAGGUCAAGGAAAAGGCCGUCACUAACGCUUGGUUGACGUCAAGCUCUGAACGCCUUGAUCUGAUGGAAUCCAGGAAAAUCAUUUUUGACGCAGAGAAAGACUACAAACUGAAGUUGGAGACGAAGUCGAAAAAGGUGCUACAGAUGAAGGACGACGUGACUCGGCUGACGGAGGAAAUUAAGAAGCGAGAUGAGGAGCUGAGUCGCAUGCAGCAUGAGGUGGGACUCAUGCAAAAGAACUUCAAGCAAGAUCUGGCCAAGCAGUCACGCUUCAACGCCGCCAACAGCAACUCCAUCAUGCACUUGAAAUGUCGUUUCGACAAUUUCAACGAACGCGUCAGAAACGUUAACGUCGCCAUACGCCGUUUCCUCGAGCCCGACAACGUGCACGUGGACGAAGACCCAGAAAACGUGAAACUCUCUGCGUUAGAAAAGAAUGUGCGGAAGCUGACGCUCGUUGCGAGGACCAACAUAGAGACGACGUCGAGCAACACAAACGAGAAGGAGGCGAUACUGAGCAUACUGAGGACAUCAUCGAAGAGCAAGAACCAUACCUUGCUGGAGAUUGUGCAACACUAUGUAGACAAGCAAGAGAAAGGGAAGACGGCCUUGGGAAAGGAGUUGGAGAAACUGUUAGAGGUGGUCCGGGGCAACAGGUUCACGGCGAAUAUGUCGACAAAGCCUAAAACGGAUUUGAAAUACUUGAGAAAUCAGAUGGCCACGCUGAGGGAAGAGGUGGAACACAUGAAGAAGAAGUUAGAAUGGAAGGACGCGCAGAUUACCGAUCUCAUCCAAGAAAAUAGCGACAUCAAAGAGCAGACGACCAAACAGCCAAACUCUCAGAAAACAGUCUCGUUUCCGCAGAUGUUGUCGAAUCCGCCCGGAUCGCAUGGGGUUUCGAGAGACACGCCCGACUCGACCAGAGAUAUGGAAAAGGCUCAUCAGCAGUUCAAUAGGUAUAUAGAGGGCUCUACUACACCUACCCCUUCUCGCCGAACCAACACGUACAGACGCGGAUCAAUUGCAGACGUGGAACUUGAUACCGACCAGCCCGUAGUACUUAAUGAAGUGAGAAGUCGACUGUAAUUCGAAGUACGACUAUAGCGGUAUCGAUAUUCUCGGAACUUCUUCUCAGUACAGGCGUAGCUCUACUGAUAUAAACUCUAUAGAGAUUGCGCGGGAAAUUAAGAACACGUCAGCUAACGGUUUGGACAAAGCUACUGCCACUAAGAACACGUCUUUUAAUGUGUUGAACAAAGCUACAGCAACAAAUGAUCAUUACCCCCGUCCACGUCCCGAUGAUAAAGGUAUCGAUGACGCCAAACGACGUAAUGACGUAAUGCCGGAUUUGACGUCAGAGUUCUCUCGCGGCGGCAGACGACCAUCGCUUGCCGAGCUGAUAACGAUUUAUGAAAACUCGCAAGAUGACCAUGCGGCCAGAGAAGAAAACAACAAAACACGACUUCCGGUUUUACAAGAAACGUAAAAUAAUUCUGCGUUGUUUAGACAAAGCGCACUUAAUUACAUGCACCAUGACUUGUUGAACAUGUGUUGUUUAAGAAAUAACCGAUGGGUAACCGUUGGUUAUUGCGAUAAUAACCAACGGUAUGGAAUUCCGAUGCGUAGAAAGUAAACCAUUAGGGCGUAGCCCGAAUGGUUCGAUAACAAGCAUCGGAACGACAUAUCGUUGAUUAUUACCACAAUAACGAACGGUUACCCGUCGAUUAUUUCGAUUGUAACACGAAUACAUGUAUAAGUUAUCUCCCAUGUAAAGGUUAUAAAUGAGAAUUAUAUUAACCGAACGUCCUCCACUUUUCCGCUAAAACGUGACGUCUCCACAAACAAUGAAAAUCAAAUGACGUCGUCUUCAUUUAUAAACAGAGCCAUUGAAAUCAAAGUGAAGUCAUACUAACAACCGUUGGUAUAUCGGGGUAAUAACCCACGAUACUUUUCCUUCUUUGUAUAUAAAAAACAAGUCACGUGCCGUGGUAGAAAUUGAAAUACGAUACUUGCUGAUUAAUGUCAGGCACCCGGUACAAGAUUUUGUUGUUCAAAAGCCGCAAACGAGAUAUCACGUAUUUGCACUUUUCUGUAUAUUUGUGUGUCUUUAUAUUUCCUGUAUCUCCACAUGUUCCUUCUACACGGAAAUAAAGUUAGUAAACGUAA